UCUUGCUUCUCCUUCUCCGUCUCUCCGUCGUUGCGCAACCGCACAGUUCAUAUCGUUUAUAUUCUCUUUCCUCCUUCUCUUUCUUCUUCUUAUGGAGAUUCCGCUGCUUCAUCCGUUGUUCCUGAUCGUGUCAGUACGUACUAUUUCAUUGUGUUGAUUUGGUCUCUAUUUGAAGAAGCCAAGAAUAUACAUCUUCCUCUCCAAAUUAGUAUCGGAAUUUUCGAAUCUAGGGUUUUAGAGUGCUUGUUUUCUUCACUAGGUUUCUGUUCUUGAUCUUGCUAAUGGUGGGUUGCAUCUGAUUUUGGUUUUACGGAGUUUAGAAAUUGAGAUGGGUAGUGUUGAGAUUCCCAAUUGGCUAAAAGCCUUGCCUUUAGCACCUGUGUUUAGACCUACAGACACUGAAUUUGCAGAUCCUAUUGCGUAUAUAUCCAAAAUCGAGAAGGAAGCUAGUGCCUUUGGGAUUUGCAAGAUCAUUCCUCCUUUACCCAAGCCAUCCAAAAAGUAUGUUUUCCAUAACUUGAACAAGUCUCUAUUGAAGUGUCCAGAGUUGGUUUCGGAUGUUGACAUUUCGAGAGAGGAUAGAGCUGUAUUCACCACUAGGCAGCAAGAGUUAGGCCAGACUGUGAAAAAAAACAAAGGAGAGAAGAGUAAGAGUAUUUCUCAAAGGACUGGUGUUAAGCAGGUAUGGCAAAGUGGAGGCGUCUAUACAUUGGAGCAGUUUGAAGCUAAGUCGAAAACUUUCUACAAAAGCCAGUUAGGAACGGUUAAAGAAGUGUCACCUGUUGUGGUUGAGGCAUUGUUCUGGAAAGCGGCUUCACAGAAGCCUAUAUAUAUAGAGUAUGCUAAUGAUGUCCCUGGCUCUGCUUUCGGUGAGCCAGAGGGUCAUUUCAGGCAUUUCCGGCAGAGGAAGCGGAGGGGCAGGGGAUUUUAUCAGAGGAAGACAGAAAUCAAUGAUCCAUCAGAUAAGAUCGGUGAAAACUCAUCGCCUGAGGUAGAAAAAGCACCCCUUGCUUCGACGAGUUUAUCACCUCAGGAUUCUUCCAAGCAGAAGAACAUGGAUAUUGUUGAUGAAAUGGAAGGUACUGCAGGCUGGAAGCUCUCCAACAGUUCCUGGAACCUUCAGACGAUUGCACGUUCACCUGGUUCUGUUACACGUUUCAUGCCGGAUGACAUCCCUGGUGUUACAUCUCCCAUGGUUUAUAUCGGUAUGUUGUUCAGCUGGUUUGCCUGGCACGUUGAGGAUCAUGAGCUUCACAGUAUGAAUUAUCUUCACACUGGCUCACCCAAGACUUGGUACGCUGUCCCUUGUGAUUAUGCGCUUGAAUUUGAAGAGGUUAUUCGCAAAAAUUCUUAUGGCAAGAACAUUGACCAACUGGCUGCUCUCACCCAACUAGGCGAAAAGACAACUCUUGUAUCACCUGAGGUGAUAGUUGCAUCUCGCAUUCCCUGCUGUAGGUUGGUACAAAAUCAUGGUGAAUUUGUUGUGACGUUUCCGAGGUCUUAUCAUGUAGGAUUCAGCCACGGUUUUAACUGUGGGGAAGCUGCUAAUUUUGGAACUCCACAGUGGCUUAACGUAGCUAAGGAAGCUGCUGUGCGUCGGGCAGCCAUGAAUUAUCUUCCCAUGCUGUCCCAUCAGCAGCUGCUGUAUCUCUUGACCAUGUCUUUUGUUUCGAGAGUGCCUCGAUCAUUCCUACCAGGUGGUCGUAGCUCCCGACUGAGAGAUCGACAGAGAGAGGAAAGAGAGUUCCUUGUGAAAAAAGCUUUUGUUGAAGAUAUAUUGAACGAAAAUAAGAAUUUAUCUGUUCUUCUUCGAGAACCAGGCUCUCGUUUGGUGAUGUGGGACCCUGAUUUACUUCCGCGCCAUAGCGCACUGGCUCUUGCAGCUGUUGGGGGUGCUGCUACUUCUGCUGUUUUACCUCCAUCAGUGGCAAAAAAUAUACCUGAGGAGGGUCAUUCUGAAUUGCAGAAUAAAGAGAAGACUACUCUUUUAGAGGAAUUGAGUUUGUUUAUGGAGAAGUUGAAUGAUGUAUACUAUGAUGAUGAUGAUGGCCUGCUUAACGAUUUCCAAGUUGAUUCUGGAACCUUGCCAUGUGUGGCAUGUGGCGUUCUUGGCUUCCCUUUUAUGUCUGUGGUACAGCCUUCUGAAAAAGCAUUAAAAGAUCUCUUAGAGGGACAAGGAAAGAUAGAUGCUCAGGAAAUUAUGACACUGUCAUCAGAAAAGUCUCACUGCGAAUGGAAAACAUCAUCUAGAUAUAUAAGGCCUCGCAUUUUCUGCCUUGAACACACUAUUGAACUUCAGAGGCUUCUGCAAUCAAAAGAUGGAAUGAAGUUCCUUAUAAUUUGCCAUAAAGACUUUCAAAAAUUUAAGGCACAUGCGGCUACUGUGGCAGAGGAGGUCAAAGUCCCUUUCAGCUAUGAUGAUGUCCUGUUAGAGGGUGCAUCUCAAGAAGAGUUGAGUCUAAUUGACCUUGCAAUUGAAGAUGAAGAAAACUACAAACACGCCAUAGACUGGACCUCAGAACUUGGCAUCAACUUACGGUACUGUGUUAAAGUGAGGAAAAAUUCCUCUACUAAGAAAAUUCAGCACGCACUGUCACUAGGUGGCUUGUUCUCUGAUAGAAGCCACAUGCUAGAUUUUUCAACUAUCAGAUGGCUGCAGAGAAAAUCACGCUCAAAAGCUAAACCCAGUUCUACCUCAAGUUUCACACAUCGUGAACAGCUCGAAGUAAAAGUAGAUGGAAAAUUAGGGGAGAAUUUGGAUUCUCAAACCGAAAAAAAGGAAAAAAAGAUCAUCCAGUACUCGAGAAAGAAAAAGUUGAAUUCCAAGCCAUCUGUAGAACAAGGUCAGGAGCUAGCUCCCUUGGCUGAAUCAAGAGAAUUUGGUAAGACAUGCAAUAAAUUGGCCAAUAUGUCACAUCUGGAUAGUUCAAUUCGUUUUGAUGGGGCACAUGAUCAAGAACAUCCCGAGAUCACUAUCAAGUUUGGUUCAGCUUUAGAUGGGAAUGUCACAAAUAGUGUUAGUAUGGUGAAUGGAUACUCUGCGGACCUAUCUUCCGUAUCUAGAGAGCAGCAGGGACACUCUAUGACCAGCAAUAAUAAUGGGUCCAACGCAGGUAGUCAUGUUGUGGCAAGUCAGACCGUACUUAUUUCUACAGGUGAUAAUCAUGUUAGACCAAGAAAAUUUUCUGGUGAUUAUGUCUGCAGUGAUGUGUCUGUACGUGAUCUUCAGGAAGUGGUUGAAAUGAGUGACCAAGAGUUUGGAGGACCUAGGUCUACUGUCACUAAUAUCGAGGAUGAACAGCAAUCACAGAUGGUGCAACCAACCAAAAGAGAAGCUGUAUCUGGUGAUCACGGACAGAUGGAGGGAGCAGAAGCUGUGUGUACCAGAGAAAUCUUGUGCUCUGAUAUUAUACUGCAGACUGAGCAUUCUUCAGCACAAGUGGGUAUGGAAAUUCCUGAAAUAAACACGGCCAGUGAGAACAUGGUUGUCGACAUGACACAUGAUGGUGAACCUUUGGAAAGUAGUGAUAUAUUAAGUUCGAGCAACGGUGAUCAAGCUUCUUCAAAUGGAUUGCAAGUUCCAGAUGAUGAGCUUAGCAUGGAGAGUGAAGUUUCAAGCUCAGAAAACACCGAGGUUAUCGAGGCUCCCAAUUCAACGGGAGAAGCAAAGAAGAAGAUGAAGAUAGAUUCAGAGUUUGAGACAAAUGAUAAUCUAGAGAGUAGCAUUGGUUUCAUAAGGAGUCCUUGUGAAGGGUUGAGGUCAAGGGGCAAGAGGAAAUCGAGAUCUGAAACUUGGCUGAAGCUCACUGAAACGAGUGGUGAAGCGAAGAGACCCAUUGCAAAAAGGGGUAAGAAAACUCCCAAGGCUCGCUCAGGUAGUCUUCAACAAGAAGAUCCCACAACAACUCACCCCAACCGUUGUUACCUAGAGGGAUGUAAGAUGACUUUCGAUAGUAAAGCGAAAUUACAGACUCACAAGAGAAACUGUUGCACGCACGAAGGGUGUGGAAAGAAAUUCAGGGCCCACAAAUAUCUGGUACUUCAUCAACGUGUUCAUAACGAUGAUAGACCCUUUGAAUGCUCUUGGGAAGGAUGUUCCAUGACUUUCAAAUGGCAAUGGGCGAGAACUGAGCAUUUGCGUCUGCACACGGGAGAACGACCAUACAAAUGCAAGGUAGAGGGAUGCGAGUUGUCGUUCAGGUUUGUGUCGGAUUAUAGUCGCCACAGACGGAAAACCGGGCAUUAUGUCGCAUAGAGAAACGGACAUUGAAUGCUGCAACAGUGUUGAUGUCGGCCUAGAAAAAGUGAAAGGGGCCUCUCCUCGAUUUGUGGAGUUGUUGUAAAAUCUAAUGUCUGGUUGGGUUUUUAGUUGUUGUCUAGUGUUUUAGACCCGUUGUUAUGUCCCUUGUUGUAGAAGUGGCUUCUCUCCACAUUUGAGAAGGAACAACACUCACGUUUUCUUUGUUGGUGAACACGUAACUAUUGGCUUCAAGUUGUUAAUAUGCACUAUUCACCCUUUAAAUC